AUGGGCAACGCGGUAAGCUGGCUGGCGCAGUGCUUCUACGCGGAGGACCAGGUUUUCUGGGCCGCUGCGCGCUAUGGCGACGCUCGCAUCAUCCGCUCGGCCACGUCGCGCCUCACGCCCGAGACGCGCCAGUACCUCGAGUGGCAGGAGCCCUACACGGGCCGCACAGCGCUGCUGGAGGCUGCAGCCAAAGGCCACGUCGAGUGCGCGCGCCUACUGAUUCAGGCGGGCGCCAACUGCAACGCCAAGGACUUGAAGAUGAACACGCCGCUGCAUCUCGCGUGCAAGCGAGCCAAGUCCGAGAUGGUCAAGUUCCUACUGGAAGUGCCGGCGGUGAACCCGUUCGAGAUCAACUUGUACAUGAAGACGCCGCUGGACCUGGCUCGAAGCAGAUUCUCGGGCGAGGAGGAAGAGACCGAGGCCGAACCAUACGCCAAGUGCGUUGAAGUUCUUGAAAAGAAAUUCUGUUUGUAUAGUGGCUGGUUGUAUGAGAAGACCGACAACGUGCUAUCGCUGGUGUCGGGUAUUUCGUCGCUGAAUUCGUGGGCACGGCGCCUGUGCAUCGUACUGGAGCGUGGUGAGCCGAACGUGCUGGAACUAGCGCUCUUCAGUGUGAAGGAAAGCGGCGGCGUGCGUCAAGUUUGCCCCACCUCGGUCAUGCUGUACAAUGUUGCGGCUGGGAUGGAGGCUACCUCUGACCCGAGAUGGUUUAGUCCCAAGGAUUUCACGUUCAUUCUGCGAGGAGACCAGCUGAACAAGUGUCACUACCGAGCCAGCUCGGCGCUUCAGAAUCCCGUGCACUUUGCUGCAGUUGACCAGGCGGGUUUUGAUGCGUGGAAGAAUUUCUUUACACAUCAGCAGCAGCAGUUGACCGAGCGAUCGUACAUGGGCAGCAGUCUCCACGAACAGCUGAGACCGGUGGAGGCGAGACACGCUAAUAUCGCUGGUUGGAAUCCCAGUGCUCAGUCCACGGCUCCCACUUCGUCAAGACCAAUUUCUCAAGAAGAAGAUGAAGAUAUUCGAAGAGCUAUUCAACUCUCUCUUCAGGCGUCGGCUAACACAGGCCAUGCCCCCGGUGCAACUGUCGCAGCUCCUUCGCCACCAUUGGCAGUAUCAGCUCCUGACUGGGGAGAUUGGGAAGGAUGCGAAUCAAGUGGAAGAGAGGUCUCGGCUGUGGAUACCAGUGAGCAUGGCAGUGGUUCAGUGGCGUGCUCGACCUCACAGCAAUACCCACCCGUGGUAAACAACGGAAGCACAGCAGCGCACUCGUCUAUCGGCGAGUGUGUUAUAUGCUUCGAUGGCCCUCAGUCUGCUGUAUGUGUGCCUUGCGGCCACAACGCAGUCUGUAUGAAAUGCGCCGAGGAGAUACUUACAACUACUGCGGAAUGUCCGGUUUGCCGAGCUCAUAUUCGGGAGCUGAUCAAGUUGUACCGUGUCUAG